AUGACAAGACUUCUUCUAGUCAAAUCAGAUGUUUAUGAAUUAGGAGAAAUUAUUGGACAAGGUGCUUAUGGAUGUGUGCUUAAAAGUCGAAAUGUGACUACCAAUGAAACUGUUGCUAUUAAAAAGAUGAGUAUAUUACGUACUCGUGAUGGUUUACCGGCAUCUGUAAUUCGUGAAGCUGCUUUAUUGAAACGUGUUGGUAAAGUUGAUAGUGAAAAUUUAAUUAAACUAAAAGAAGUAUUUAGUGAACAAGCAAGUGUUGAUCGACAGAAUAUUUAUUUUAUUUUUGAAUAUAUUGAACGUGAUCUUGAGCGAUAUCUCAAAAUGUAUAGUCCUUUAGAUAUUAAUCAAAUUCGAAAUUUUACUCAACAAUUAUUAACAGCUGUAUCGGUUCUUCAUAAUCAUUCUAUUUUUCAUCGAGAUAUUAAACCUCAAAAUAUUCUUGUUACUAAUAACGGCAUAUUAAAAUUGGCUGAUUUUGGUCUUGCUCGUGAAUAUCAUGAACAUAAAGUGUUUACCACUGUGGUUGUAACUAUGUGGUAUCGAGCACCAGAAAUUCUUUUGUCAUCGCCAUAUUGUACAUCAGCUGAUAUGUGGAGUGUUGGAUGUAUUCUUGGUGAAAUGGCACUUGGUCGACCAUUGUUUGCUGCUAAAUCAGAGAGUCGUCAAUUACGUCGUAUCAUACUUUUGAUGGGUUUACCAAAUGAAGAUGAAUGGCCACAAGAUUCUCCGAUUAGGAGAGAAGCUUUUGGAAAUUAUUCUCAAUCGAUUAUAACACUCGAGCGACUUAUUCGUUUUCAAGAUAGUUGUGCUUUUGAAUUACUUCGCUCAUUACUAUCAUUUAAACAAAGCCUUCGUCCAACAGCUAUUCGAGCUCUUGAACAUAAUUUUUUUCGUCGAACUGAUCAUACUUCAUGUACAGUAACUUGGUCUUCAACUGAUAUAGCCGAAGCAACAGCUGCUGUACCCAAUCUAGAUGCAUAUACAGAUGGCGAUUUUAGGUUUAAUAGUGAUGAUGAUCAAAAAAUAGAAAAUAUUCGUUCAAAACACAAUUCUAUAGAUGCUGGUUAUUAUUAUCAAUCGUGGUCAUCUCCCGAUGAUGGUCAACAUAUGUUGACAAUAGAUAGUCAUGUAAGCAGUGUUGCGGGUGAUGUACCUCAAUCACCUAUUGAUAUCGUUUCCUGGUGGUCGGACAGUCCAUAA